AGGAUGUUUCCACAAAUCAAACACCUGUUCAAAACAACUUUGAUCCUCCCUUGACUUCCAAAAAUUAGUAACUUCAGUUUAUCCAAAUACCUGCAAAACUAAAGACAUCCUCACAAGCUGAACAAAAGUAUAAAUACACAAUUAAGUCAUUGUUGUUCCAACACACAGCAUCUGUACAACCGAACAGACGUCAUGAAACAAACAAGUACGUCUGUAUUUACGACUGAAUUGAAAUAUAGACUGACUAUGUUCCAAAAAGUCAACUGGAAAAACUCAUAAUGAUGCAAAAUUGUGCAAUGAAAUUAUAAAAACAGAUCAUGGCAUCAUUUUGAGUCACGUGGGUUAUGUUAUGUCUUAUUUUCACUGUUUUAUAUCUCUUUAGAAUCUUUUUGGUUUUUUUGUGUCUCUUUGUUGCCACUUUUUUCUCUUUGUGGUCUCUUUUGCACAUUGUUUAGGUUGUGUUUUGAGUCUUGCGGAGAUAUAAUUAUAGAAUCUUUUAUUUCUGUAUAUUAGUACCACUGAUAAGUUAUACUAUCGAUAGUGUAAUUCAAACUCUCCCAGAAUCCUUCUUACAUAUUAAUGCAUCAAUAAUAACAGUCCAAUAAUAAAAUAUGUCAGCAUAAUUAGUACCUAUAUGUGGAACAUUGCUGUGUGACAUUUUAGUUUCUUCUUCAAACAUUCACUGCAGAGUUUCACGGCUUCAUUUUUGUAAAAACACCUUCAGGUUUCGUGAGUGGAUGAAACCCAUCUGGACAUCAGAGAGGCAGCAGGAAAACAGCAGCAUCCACAUGAGGAAGAAGACUGAGGAGGACGAAGAAGAAAUGGCGAGGCAAGUUGAGACUGAGGAGGAGGAAGGAGUUUAAAACAGAGGGAUGGAGGAGGAGUGAUGGUCUCAGCCCUGCCUCUUCUCCUCUUUAAUUUAUUCAUCUACUCUGGAGCUACGAGGACGAACAAGCAGUCGAACAUUUCCUCCUUUUCCUCCUCGGCAGGCGGUCGGGAUGGAUUUCCUCCGUCAAACACUCCUGUGUUGAUCUGAAGACCCUAAACAGGUGUGGAAAUUCAGUUUCAACCAUCUCCUUGAUUCCUACUAAUCAGACCCCAUCACCAUGGAAAGCCACCCAGAUGUUUUAAAACGAAGGAAAGGUGUCGCCCAGUCAGAAGGCCUCAAUCCGGAGGAGGAGGGGCUUGCAGAUACCCUCAGCAACACAGAAUCUAAUGCCAACUGGGGGGCGGAGCCUAACUUCAACCUCAACCUCAAUCUGACUUCGCCGAGCAACCCUCGUCCGGUAACGGAGACCUCGAAGCUGCACGGAGGCAACAAAAAAGAUAAUGGGAAUAAAGGAGAGAUGAAAGGAGCGGUGACCAUGGCAAUGGGCAAGUCGGCAAGCACCUUGGCAACCACUAUGAUGUCACCAGGUGAGAGAGAUGAUCCGUCACGGCAAAAAAGCAAAAUUCCAGCUUUGUCUCGUUCACCAACAGCCGAAGCAAACAGCAGAGAGGAGCAGCGGCUGAAGUCCACGAACAUCAAACACACCCCAACAUUAAGCUUGAAGUCACAAACUCACAGCAACCUGGUGGAAAGUCCGAAACCACACCGCACGGAGCAAACGGCGAUGCCGAGCAGAACUGCUGAAAGAAUCAAAACACAAACACAGAGAGCAGAACCUGUGACGCCACAAGCUGCACUGAUCACCAAAGUGGCCACAAAGAAUACGAACAAAACAACAGAGAGCCUAAAAACGCAAUCAAGCAGAAAAGAAGAUGGUGGAAAAGAGAUUGGCAUUGACAGGCCAUCGCCGCAAACCCUACACCUGCCAGUGAGCCCAAACGUCCACAAUCAGAGAGGCGAUACAGAGGCUGUUAGUCCAAAACUGGGGAAUCGAACCCCAACAAUGGCAGCCAGAACCCCCAAACCAAACCCAACCAUGACCAUCAAGUUAAACCAACAUGCUGGGCAUGAUUCAAGACCUCAUGGUUCUGAGACAUCCUCCAUGGCUACAAAGCCGCAGAAUCAGAAGGCGGAAUCAGGACUACUAGGUACCAAGAACCCUCAGCUGACUUCUCUAAGUCCCAAACCAUUCACACAGAGAAAAGUCACCGAAACGAGAAACGGUUUCUCAUUAGAGUCCAAGGAAAAUCUUGAUAGCAAAGAUUCAUGCGUUGGUGCUGGGUCAAAAACCACUUCCAAAUCCAGUUCAAACUCUAAAACAACAACAGUGUCCAAGGACAGUCUGGAUUCCAAAACUGGCACCAAAGCCAGCCCCAUUUCUGAAACAGGGUCACGAGAUAGUCUGGAUUCUAAAAGUGGUUCUGCUUCCAAAACCAGUUCGGACUCCAAGGAUAGUUUAGACUCCAAAACUGGUUCCAGUCACAAAGCCAGUCCCAACUCUGGAGACAGCCUCAACUCUAAAAAGACUGCAGAAACCAAAGCAAACAAAACCACUCUGGAUUCCAAAACUGGCAUGGUUUCAAAGGGUGACCAAGAUCCUAAAUCUCUUCCAGACUCUAAAGUUGGUUUCAAUGUCAGAAUCAGUCCAAGUGUUGAGUCUGGUGCAGAGUUGAACCUCAGCUCUCGUCCUGAUGCCAUCUCCAGUUCUAUACCAGUACCAACCCGUACGACAUCUGGAUCUGUUUCGCCAUCAGCCUCUAGAGCUAGUCUGUCUGGGUCCAAGACCAGAGGUUCCAAUUCUAAACUCAGUUUAGACCCUAAGGCUGGAUCAGAUACUUCUAAAUCUGGACCAGUAUCAUCUAGUUCAAGGCCAGCUCUGAUAGAUUUGUCUUCGUCAUUGACACUGUCUCCAAGACCUGGCUCAGCAAGUAGGAGUCCUGGAUCUGGACCUCGAAAAGGUCUGGGUUCUAAUUCAACUGGACCAAACAGGGAGGUUCUGAGAAGUCCUGGUUCUGCUCCUGGUAUUACUGUGAUUUCAGCCCCACUGGGUCCCCUGGCUACCUCCAGCCCCAAAACCAGAUCCGCUGUUGCCUUGUCAACAUCAGCAGAGCCCACAACAUCCCAUAAUACCGUUCUGACUCAGGACCUCACCUCCAUCAGUAAGACACCGGUGAAGAUGGGGGCUGAUGUCAAAGGAGAACAUUUGAAAAUGCUGGAGAGUAAAAAAGCAGCAGCAGGAGGACUGGUGGAGUCCCAGGGGCACGAGGCUGCCGGCGCUGGAGGGUCGCCACGAGACACCAGGACGAUACCGGGCAUCCUGCUGAGCAAACCAGGCCACCAGGGAGACACAAAUGCCAUCGCCUCUGGUAGCAACAUCCUGUUGUCAAGGGCAACGAGUGCGGAGAGUAAGAAAGAAGAGAAGCAGCAGGAGAGGAGGAAACAGAGAGACGUUCUGGGGAGAUCUUCAUCACUCCUAAAUCCUCUUCCUCACACUUCCUCUCAUCCAACGAGCUCCAAGGAGGUCAGGGAGACAGCGACCAUGACCGACCCUAAUGUCAGGCUCUGUCCUCGGACAGGGGAGCAGAGAGAGGUGGGUGUUCAGGUGGAGGUGGAGGUGGUGGAGCGUUCGGUUUCCACCAGUCCCAGCCUCCACCGGGCAGCUCCCUCCUCCUCCCUGAACGUCUCCUCAAGCCUUCAGUCUGGCAGUUUGACAUCGCCAGCCAUCCCUUCGCUGUGCUGCAUCCCUGCCGGUCAGCCGCCCUUCCAGCACGUCUGCAAGAUCGACAUUGAGCUCCACAGCCAAUCACCUCUUCCCACAGUCGUGAUGGACAAGGCGAGUUCCCUCCCCGCCUGUCUGCGUACCUACAGCUUCGAGCAGAGCCCCGCCCACAUGGCGGCGCUACCACCAGAACAAAACCAAGACCGAGACGUCAGCGCUGAGAGCAUCUGGGAGGAGAAGGAGGAGGAAGACGAACCGCAAGAGGACACGGCAAAACCUCAGGAGGUGGCGUGGGACGAUCGGGGGAUGACGUGGGAGGUUUACGGCGCCUCGGUGGACCUGGAGUCUCUGGGAACGGCCAUCCAGUCCCACCUGGAGUCGAAGGUUCGGGAGCAGGAGAAGCACAUCAGGACUCUGAGGAAGUCCAUCUGCUCCGACAGCAGCCUCAAAGGCUACAAGGCGAAGAAGAGGAGGAAGAAGAGAGGAGGGAUUCUGGGUUGCUGCAGGAAGACGCCUGCUGUGGCGGACUGAGAUCAGUUCAGGAAGUUAAAAUCCUCCUCACACGACUGUAAAACACUGUAUGCAGACGACACGCCACUGUUUACUGCACCUACCUCCGCAUGUAGGAAUAUCACACCGUAUGCAAACUGUUUAGGAAAUGAGUUUUGUAGAGAAGCAGUUGUGCAAGAAAAAGUUCAGUCCAGUGAAGAAAAUGUCUGUGGUUAAAGUUAGACCAAGAUCUUGGUCUUGGGAAGAUGUUGGAUCUCCAAACAACCAACCCGCCAACUUCCCAAAUGUUAGAAUGUUUGGUGAACGGAGGGUAUCUUUAUCUUCAUGAGACGUAUUUCUCAGUGAAACAACUGAAAUAAAAUCCUGUAGAUGGGGCUGGAUUUCUUAACCCUCCUGUUGUCUUCACUUACGGGCACCAAAAAAUAUUGUUUCCUUGUCUGGAAAAAAAAUCCGAAAAUUCAGCAAAAAAAGUCCCCAAAUUUCUGAAAAUUUGCAAAAACUUCAGGAAGAAAAUUCCAAUAAUUCCAUAAAAAUUUCCUUUCGGUUUUAUUUUUUUUUGUAAAAAUCCCCCAAAUUUGGCAAGAAAAUUAUUGUAAAUAUUUUCAAAAAAAUGAGUAAAAAUCUUCCAAAAACAAUUCUAAAAAUAUCUAAAGUGAUUACAUUUAUAUCAGUAAAACUUCUAUUUUCUUAAGAUCACAUUUUUUUUUUGUGAAUGUUCUUAAACAUUUUUAACAUUUCUUUUACUCCACCAAAAAAUGUUCAAAGAUUUCCCAAAAAUGUAGAAAAUGUGGACAUCAGAAGUUUCACUAUGAAAAUAGAUUUUUUUCCACAUUUUCAAACUUAAAAACGGGUUAAUUUUGACCCACAGGAUGACAGGAGGGUUAAAAUUGCUACCAAAUACAGAUAGAAAACUUAUGUGGCUCUUACACAUGGAAUACAGGUUUUUUUCCAGAUGUUUAUCUAUAACACACUUUAACAAGCUUCCCAAACCAGUUUACAUCAAAUACCAGAGGUAACCCUUCGAAUUCUGAACAGUUUCUUGGGUGUUUUUUUUAGUCCUGCCUCAUUUUUCGUCACUGUUAGCUCAUUUUUCACUGCAACAUUAAGUCAUAUUCCCCUAUAGGCUGCUAGUGUUAGCUAUAUGGUGGAGUUUUGUGAUGAUCAGUGUUGGUUUGUCCGUCUGUCUGUCUGUUAUCAACAUUACUCUAAAACGGAACAACGGAUUUGGACGAAAGUUUCAGUGAAGGUCAGAAAUGACACAAGGACCAAGUGAUUAGAAUUUGACAGUGAUGCGGCUUAUAGUCUGGAUCCACGGAUUUGUUAAAUAUUUCUGUAUCAUUGCCAGAUAGCAGCACGGCAUCACUGUAACUAUGUCCUUGACUGAAGUCAUUUUGGACUAUUUUGAGUCAUUUUGGCAAUUUUUUAAUCAGUUAAGACAGAUCUUUUGUCAUCUUGGACAAGCUUAAAAUAAUUUUAGGUCAAUUCUGAAUACUUCAUCAAUUUUGGAAGUCUUUGAGUUAUUUUUGGAAAUUUUUCAAGUCAUUUUACAAUUUUAAUGUCUUUUAGGACAUUUUUUCAAGUUAUUUUGGACAUUAUUUGAGCCAUAUUGACCAUUUUUUGGUGCUUUUGGACAAUCUUCAGUCACGCUGGAUGACUUUCAAAUCAUUUGGGACACAUUUUAGUAAUUUAGGACAUGUUUUUAAGUUAUUUUGGGUAUUCUUUAGUCAUUUUAGACAUGUUUUUGAGUAAUUCUCAUCAUGAUUAAUAUGUAAUCAUUUAUACAAGUAAUACAAAAUACAAGUAGUAAUAUGUAGUAAUUUAUUACUACUACUGUGUAUUCUUCUACUCUUGGUACAUCUGGAGCUUCCACUGCUUGUUUCCCAGCAGUAUCGGUGCAGGUUUUAUAAAUAUACUGCAGUUUUAUCCCAGUACUGUAGUCGUAGUGCUUCAUGUGGUGGUUCUUCCUGCAGUAUUCCAGACGUGCUUGUUGACGUGAAGCAGAGAGGACAGAAGCUUCUUUGCUGCUAAAUAUUUCAUCCACUUUCUUUUUUAACCAAACGCCACACAAAACAGAGAGUAGAUAAUUUCUGCAGGUUUCCUUUUUCUACCUGCUUACCUUUUUGUCCUCCUCGUUCUCACCACACUUCAAGUUCAAACACAGUCCUCUGUUUUAUUGUAAAUGCAUGUAAAAACUCCGAUCAUCAUAUUUAAAGCCUUCUCCUCCUCUUCAUGGUCCUCGGUAAAAGCUCCUAUUUCUGUGUUGUUGACGAAACGCCGGAUUGUUUCUUUGAAUUAUUCAGAAACAUUAAAGUUCACGCUCAUGUUAACAACAGAGUCCCUGGCAUAUUUUAUUCAGUCAGUGCACCAGAUGCAGUGAAGCUCUUUACUAGUAGUUUCUACCUCAUUUUUGUUCACUGUGGGCUCAUUUUUCACCGCAAUAUAAAGUCCUGCAGCUCUGUGGGAACAGAACAACCAUGAAGAAGGAGAGGGAACUCAGAAAUGACACAGUUAGAAUGAUGAAAAUAUUAACAGAAAGCCAUAAUUCUUUGAUCGUUACAUAUAAAUGAAAAAAUAUUCCACAGAUUUUACAACUGGAACAAACUUACAUUUUUAUAAACAGUUUUUCACUCUACUCUGCAGAUAUUUCACCGUGCUGAAUGUAUCUUCAUAAAACAAUCUAAUUAUUAUGUCAUCUUUUUUCGUUUUGAUCUGGUUUUAUAGGUUUUAUUGUAAACAAUUUCUUUAUUAGUUUACAUUUAAACUGUCUUAUCAUCUGGAAAACACUGAACGGCUGUAGAAAAGUGCUGCAGGCUUCAGUUUUAUUUUUAUUUAUGCCACUGUAAGACCCCCUCUGAUGAUGUCAGGACUACACCGGCUCUGAUUGGACAGCUCAGGCCCAGGCCCCUCCCCCUCCUCUGAGCUUCACAGCGACGGCUGACGGUUUGAGGCAGCUGCUGCUGGACACCUGUUGCCACGGAGAUAGCACCUGGUGGGAAAAUCACCAAUAAAAAGCAAAGAAAAGGUCGUGUGCAGCUGUGGACGCCGUGUUCCAAGUAAAGGUCAGAAUCAAACCUUUGGUCCAGAAAUAUCCUGCAGCUGCUGAUCGGGAUCCGUUUAUUAAACAGCAACCUGUCACCUCUUCAGGUGUGUCAAAGACAGCCAGCCAUGUCGUC